GCCACCGGAGUCAUGGCCCCUGAUUUGCCCCCGCCGACGCUACCCGAUUCAAACCUAGCGCGCCGACGCCGCCGCGGGACCUCCUGGAACACCGAGUCCGCCUCCCGAGGCCACAACGGGCUCGGCACGGCUUUCGAACUACGACUCCCAGCAGGCUGUGCGCGCGCCCCACUUGCCAAUCGCGUAACCUGCCAGGAUGCCCACGCCGCUGAGCUGCGAAGCCGUUGGCCCAGCGCGUCUGCGCAACGAACUACAUAUCCCAACAGAGAGCGCGCCCGCCGCGGCGCCCCGUGGGAUCUGUGGACAGAAGUGCGCGGGCAGCUGGGAACCCAACGCCUACACCAUGGAGCCGAGGGCGGCUGAGCUGGAGCGCCGGAUCCGGGCCACGCUGGAACCCUUCGGCUUCGAGGUGCACCCCUUCCAGGUGGGAUGGUACAAUGCACUGCUGCCCCCAGCCUUCCAGCUGCCCCUGCCUGGGCCUACACUUGCUUUCGUGGUCCUCAGUACUCCCGCCAUGUUUGACCAAGCCCUCAAGCCCUUCCUGCAGAGUGCCCACCUGCAGCCUCUGAAGGACCCUGUGGACCAGUGUGUAGCCUACCACUUCACCAACCUUCAGGAGAGCCUUCCAGAGCAGAAGGUGGACAUCAUCACUGACUAUGACAUGCACCCAAACCGGCGCCCCAAAAUCUUGGCCCAGACAGCUGCACACGUGGCAGGGGCUGCCUACUACUACCAGCGGCAAGAUGUGGAGUCUGACCCCUGGGGAGACAAGAAGAUUGCUGGCGUGUGCAUCCACCCUCGAUACGGGGGCUGGUUUGCCAUCCGGGGGGUGGUGCUGCUCCCAGGGCUGGAGGUGCCCAACUUGCCCCGCCUGUCGCCUCUUGACUGUGUGCCCUCCCGGGAAGGCCGCAUUGCUCUGCUGGAGAACUUCAACUUCCACUGGAGGGACUGGGCGUACAGGGAUGCUGUGGUUCCUGUGGAGCGCUACUCAGAAGAACAGAAGGCCUACUUCUCAACACCGCCUGCCCAGCGCCUGUGCCUGCUGGAGCUACUCAAGGACAGGCCCCCAGGCCCCCUCCUCCCCAGAGAGACACUGGACUCUAGUUGGGGAGGGGGUCGGGCUGCUCCCAGAAGGGUCUUUGCUACUGUACCACAGGGGACCUAGUCCUGUUCCUUGUCCAGACCUAGCUGCUUUCUACUUAUUUAUGACAAAGGCCUGGCUAUGGUUUGGAGGACAAGGGCCAAACAAAGAAGGGACGGACACAGCCACUGGGCUAGGGCAGUGAGCUCCUGAGACCUGAAGCCAUUUUACUACUGGUCCUCAGUUUCCUCAUGUGUGAAAUGGUGGUCACAAACCUGACCUUCUUUUCUUUCCCUCCAAGAGGGGCUGAAGUGCUAUAGAAAUGGGGGCCGUGCUUGUCAGACCAUUCUAAUCUCAUUCUCCCUCCCCCCCAAUUGUGCACUCUAGCUGCUAUUUUAGGGAAGGUUCUGGGUGGUCAGUGGGUACUGCUGUCAGGUGUCAGAGCAGUAGCUGGUAUAUAAUGGAAGAGCCUCUGACAGACUCCUCAGUCUCCUUAACUGGGUCAUCAGCUAUCCUGUUUCAAUGGGAUGACUCCCAGAUCUUCCUUUUUCAUGGGCAUGUCAGUUAAUCGGGUCAUCACUGCCACCCCUUCCCUCAAGUAGGCUAAUUCUCUUUGAGGGUGGGUUUGAUUGAUUUCCUAGACAUCUUAUCCAUCGGCCAGAAUUUGUCUAGUAAUGGGCUCUGCUGAGUCCUUGCUAUGUGUGCAAUUGCUCUUUGACAAGGAUCUUGCCUGGAGGGCAGCUGUCUUUUGUGAGUCUGGGAGAGGACUAGCCCUCCUCCCUGGGCAGAGCCCCCCCCCACCCCGGCUGUGACCUUGACCUUCCUGGCAUUUGUCCCAAGGAAGAGCUGCACUUAAUUGUUUCACCUGGAGCGUGAACCAUUUCUGAAUGGAGCUGCUAAUAGGUUAAUUGUGAGCCUGGACAUAUAAAGUGCUUUGCAAGUC